AGAGGUCAGAGUGAAGUGAGGACUCGUCCGGUAAACAUGUGUUUGUGCGCGAUCUGACACGGCUGCUGACGCACAAUCAGCGUACACAACGCCGUCGUGACGCGACGUCGACGUAUCUCGAUCGCUCCGUUACUAUUUUUUCUGUCAAAGAAUUUUCUAAACUAAAAUUUUAUCAAAUCGGAGAACGUCCGAACUUCCACGUGGACGGUUGCGUGUCCGAUGUUAUCAGAUCUCCGUGCAUCGAUGGGUCACAGUGACUCCUUUGGAAUGCAAUCGACCCGGUUGAGGCCCUCAUCGAUCUGACAGAUCGCCAUGCCAUGAUGAACAACACGGGAAGCAACAGCGUCGCAAACGGUAGCGACGGCAGCAAGAGCGGCGCUCGUCUUCAGAGCGUGAUCGGCAAGCAGAGCGUGCGCAAGAUGAGCACGAUGCCCGAGGAGGAGGAUACCUCUGACGACAUGGACCCCGACGUGAUAAGGAUAGGGCACUACCAGCCCCCCCAUGAGGCCGACUCGGACUCCCUCUCGGAGGAUAGGGGUCGACUAUUGAGCAGUGGUGACCCAGCCAGAAGGACCACCAUCACUCCAACGAAUUCUGGGAAUCUACAGUGCAACGGCUUGAAGAAAGACAAGCCUUACCGGCUUCACCCGACAUCGAAGCUAUUGGACCAACCGGUACACUUGGAGGGCAGACUGAUCCGGGAAGGUGCCCUCAGAUCUGGAAGACACCAUCGCUGCUCCAGUGUCAGGUCCGUCAAGUCGAACCCCACAAUGGACGAACACCAUCAUCCAGCUACCAGCUGGGCAUCCGUCGUCUUCUCCGACGGCAAUGGGCAAACCUAUGUUCGUCCGUUUCCAGAAUCCGUUUCUAUACGCUCUCUAGCCUCCAUCGGCAUGGGCUCUUCCGACGGUCGGAAGCUCACCAUACGCAGAGUUCCCACUUCGCCGUCGGAGCUGCUUAACAUGGUACAUCCGCCGCCGUCAUUUGAGGAUGAUCUGUCAGUGUGUAGUAGCUUCGACGACGCGGACGGAGAAGACCCAGGAGACUACAGGCAACCAAGGCGACCCCAUUGGGCUAACAAAGUACAAUUCGUCCUCGCCUGUAUUGGGUAUUCCGUGGGUCUGGGCAAUGUUUGGAGGUUUCCUUACCUUUGUUAUAAAAGUGGGGGUGGUGUGUUCUUGAUACCUUACUUCAUCAUACUUAUAGUAUGUGGGGUACCAUUAUUAUACAUGGAACUUAGUAUCGGACAAUUCACACGACGAGGGCCAAUAGGUGCUCUCGGUCAAAUUUGUCCCUUAUUUAAAGGAGCUGGUCUGUCAUCGGUGGUAAUAUCAUUCCUGAUGUCGACCUACCAUAAUGUGAUAAUAGCGUACGCCAUAUAUUAUUUCUUCGCGGCGUUCAGAGCAAAACAACCAUGGUCAGACUGCGAUAACUCAUGGAACACAUUGGCGUGUUGGUUACCAACUUACAGUGUCAUCGACAACCGUACAAGACCCAACGCUUCUAGAACACCAUCCGAAGAAUUUUUUGACAACAAAGUACUCCAAAUCAGUAAAGGAAUCGAAGAAUCAGGAGCACUUAGAUGGGAAUUAGUUGCUUGCUUAAUUACUGCCUGGAUAUUGGUGUACUUCUCGGUAUGGAAGUCAAUAAAAUCAUCAGCACAAGUUAGAUAUAUCACCGCGACUCUGCCAUUCAUUUUGAUCGUGGUCUUUCUUACACGGUCCCUCACCCUUGAAGGUGCUGACAAGGGUCUGCAAUUUUUCUUCCAUCCUCGUUGGGAACUCCUUAGUGACGCAAAGGUUUGGAUCAACGCGGCAGCACAAAUAUUUAAUUCCGUCGGCAUAGCGUUCGGUUCGAUGAUAUGCUUUGCCAGUUAUAAUAAAUUCCACAACACUAUUCUAGUAGAUAGCGUAGCUGUUUCACUUAUUAACGCGUUUAGUAGCUUACUGGUUGGGAUAUUUUCAUUCGCCACUAUUGGAAACAUCGCUGUGGAACAAAAUAUGUCUGUCGAAGCCGUCCUAACAGAUGGACCUGGUCUUGUAUUCGUUGUAUACCCGCAAGCACUAGCCAAGAUGCCAGCAUCACAAGUGUGGGCCGUGUUAUUUUUCUUUAUGCUAGUCUGCCUUUCUUUGAAUAGUCAGUUUGCAAUAAUGGAGGUAGUAGUAACAUCAAUUCAAGAUGGUUUUCCAAGAUGGGUAAAACGUCACCUCGUAUGUCACGAAACAUUAGUACUUUUAAUAUGCGUCAUAUCUUUUCUACUUGGCCUCCCUAAUAUUACUCAGGGUGGAAUCUAUUUCUUCCAAUUAAUAGAUCACUACGCAGCCUCGAUAUCAAUCAUGUUUCUAGCUUUCUUUGAAGUGAUUGCUAUAUCUUGGUGUUACGGAGUUAAAAGGUUGAGUAAUAAUGUGAAGGAGAUGACUGGACGUGUACCAUCUUCUUAUUUUAGAUUUUGUUGGCGCAUUGCUGCGCCCCUUCUUAUCAUGGCUGUGUGGGUAUUCAGCUUAAUUGAUUAUGAACCACCGACCUACCACAACGGGGAGUACAAGUACCCAUGGUGGGCAGAGGCGAUCGGUUGGGGAAUAGCUUCUCUUUCUCUCAUUUGCAUUCCAGCUUAUGCGAUUUAUGAGUUCGUCAAAGCCAAUGGCAACACAUGCCUCGAGAAAUUACGAAAUUCCGUUAAGCCGCAUUUCGAAGCUUGCAAAAUCUGCGGACAGGAAUACUGCACCGAACCAAUGCACAGUUUUGAAGAUGAUAUUGUGAUCAAAGAACAACAGGAAUUGAAUAGUCCGAUACAAUUGAAUACCAAUAGCUUUUUACCGAAAUCCCAGACUUGAUGGAGAAGAAAGGAAAGAAUAUUAAAUUUUCAAUUCACGAGUACCUUUCUUUGUAUAAAGUGUUUCUGCAGAUAUUUGUCGUAGAUGAAGCUGAUAUUCAUUUUUUUUUUUUUUUUAAUUAUAUAGGGUGUUUCGUAAUAUGUGAGACUCACUGUAAAAUGAAAAAAAAAGAGCCUGUAAAUUUUAUAGGAAAUGCUGACAUUCAUCAAUUUCUUAAUUUUUCUCUAAAUUUAUUAUAAGAAUACAGAGUAUUUACAUUGUAUUUGAUGAUGUUUCAGUGAUGACGAGACACAGGGUGAUUCUAGAUAGAAGACAAAUAAAUUGAAAAAGAAAAAUAAAGUAUUUUUUGUAGAGAAAAAAUUUCCUCAUAAGGCUAUAAUUGAACAUACAGUGAUUCAUGACACUUAAUUAUUAUAUACUGUAAUAGCCACCUUAUGAUGAAAUUUACUACUUUUUUAUUAUAUUUAAUUUAUGUAGGAAUUUAUUUUUUAAUUGAAUCGAAAUAACUUAUUGUCAGGUAUGCCCCAUUUUUUUUUUCUUGUUUAUUUAUUUAUGAUGGUCUUUCAAAAUGGUGUCAUUUUCUCAGUAGGUACGUAUUUCGAACCUAAAUGGGACAUUUAAUUAUAAUUUUAGAUUCCAGGAUCACCCUAUCUUAUUACAUGACGUAGAGAUUAUAAAGGUGUAUAAUGUAUAGAAUUAAAAAAAAAACUUCUAUGAAAUUCAAACAAUUAGGUAUAAAUGUAAAUCGUACUUUCAUUUUUCUUGAAGACAUUCCUGAAGACAUUCCAUUGGCAUUCGAUUCUAUUGCAAUGAUUAAAUCAUGCACAUCGAAGCAAAAUAAUAUUAUUCUGUUUUUUUAUUUUUCUUGCGUAAAAUAAUAUUCUUUAUAACAUAGGAUGUUUCAAAAUUUGUAGUACAAUCCAAAAGACAUAAAUUGUCCUAUUUGUAUAAUAAUAAAAAAAAGGAAUUAGUAAUAUGCAGAAGUAUUUUUAGUGGAAUGUAUAACAUGGUUUGUAUAAUAAUAAUAAUUAAAUUAAUUAAAUUAGUAAUACGAAUACAUGUUGUAGAAUAACAUGAGAAUAAAUUAAUAGUCUUACAAUAAUAUAACAAUUAAUAUUUUAUAAUAAGUAUAUGUUAUAAGUGUAUUCAAAAUUUCUAUUCUUAUUAGUUUAAACAAAUCAAUCAAAAUUAAAUUUUAAUUUUUGUUGGAAAAUGUGUUUCUCUUGGAUUGUACUAUUUUUGUUUGUUACAGCUUGUAGAAAUCUACAUUGAUUAUUUAAUGCGCUGCAAUUUUUAAUAAUAAUAAUCGAUGUAUCAUAUAAGUAAAAAUUGUAAAACAGCAACGAGUACAAAUAAUUAUUGUUUUACGUGUACAGUAUCGAGCACAGCCAGCUGAUUCGAGAUUCAGAAAAGAAUAACAUAAUUUUUAUAAUUAUUAAAUAUUAUAAAACUUAGUAUAUUAAUUAAGAAAUAUGAUAUAAGUUAAGAAACUUGGGGUGUGACCGGAAACCCAGGGAAGCGGAACUCGAGUUGAACUCUCCAUCCUCGACACUGUACAUUUUAUCCAGUAGGUAAUAAUGACAUAAGCGACUGUACCUAAUACAAUAAAAAAUGUGUUCGGAUAA